UACACAAGUAAAAAAUACUCACCCACUCACUCACGGACUACCUUUCAUUGUGUCAAAGUGUCAUUUUGUCAGUGUUGUCCCAUGAAAAGAUAUACUUAGAUAUCUGCAGAAAUGCGAAGGGUGUACUCACUUUUGUGGUACACUGUAAUAAUCCCCAAGUAUUUUACUUUCUUUUUUAUCUCAACGUUGCAUACAGAUGGUAACUGAUUAUCAUGUAAAGACAAAAUCUCACAUUUUUCAAGUUAAGUUAAUCAAUAGUCUGAGCAAGUGGGAUUUGCAUUUGAUUAGCAUUCUUAACAAAUAAAGUUGCAUCAUCUGCUAAUUGACUUAUCACAAUGUUUUCAUCCAAUACUUCCAGCCCCUCAAUUUUACUGGUUUUGAUUAAAAUAGAUAACAUUUCAGCCACCAUUAUAAACAGUAACGUGGUCUUCAAAACCCUGUCGAAUUCCUCUCUUGAUACCAAACCGAGGGGAAGUACCUUGACCUAAGGCUACUGGACUAUUCAUCCCUUUAUAAAGCAUUCCAAUCAUAUCUAUAAACUUUUCCCCAAAAACCAAAGUGUGUUAAAAGUUUCUAUAAUAAAGGGGUGACGGCUAAAUUGUACUGUACCCAGAAGCGCCGUCUGUACGUUUGUAUGACGUCAUAAAGCCGCAUCAUUAUUUUUUUAAAGAAAUUUGUCUCAUUAUCAGUUGAUUAAAAUGGAUAUCAUUGUGAAUAAUACAAUAAAUAGCAAUAGUUCAUCAAAUUUAUUUGCAUGAUAUAAAAAAUUAACAUAAAAAUAACUCCUUUUAAACUUAUCAUUGAAAAAAGGAGUUUUUGUUGUUCUUAUUGUCAACUCAUUUUAGCAUGUACAUUAACUCGUUCACCACCAUUGACAGUAAGUUUGCAUUUAAUGAUUAUGUUUCGCUGCAAUGAGUUAGAAAAUCUGUUUUAUUAAGACUAUAUUUUAGCUUAUCAGCUAUUAUAUUCGGUGCUGCUUUCAUUUACCUCGGAUUUUAAAGUGGUGGCACUCUCUUCAUGUAGACGUCGAGUGUCUGCAUGAUUCAUCUGAGCUUCUGUGGGACGGAAAAAAACAAAAAACGCUUUCGUCACAGUAUUGUUCCAGAAAAUAUUCAACAUUUAUUAUUUACAGAAGCGUUUUAAUUAUUCAUUAAAACAGAACGUCGGAUAGAUUGGCAUCUAGUUCGUUAUGCUUAACUCAUUGACUGCCACUGUAUGUGUCGUAUUCAGGAAAUAAGAUUCAACAUGGAUUGGACGUCUAUCACCGUCAAUGGCAGGCGGUUGAUGUUUCACCAACAGGUUAUUUCUGCAUAUUAUAGAAUCUGUUGGAGGCCAGAAUAAUUAGCAGGGAUGGUUCAUUCAAGGUUAAACUGGUUAAAUAUUUCCAGAAAUUAGCAUAUUCAUUCUGUAAAUUAUUGUGGAAAGCCAGUUUCCGGUUUUUUUUUACACGAAACGCAAGGCGUAUAUAAAGGACUGAUGUACUCCAUGCAAAGUCGCGUUGCGGAGCUGCUUGGACUUAACUUCCGUCAACAUGGCUCAUCGGUCUCUGAGCGUCACCGAACAGCUCCAGAAAUGGAUCUAUGACGCCUUCGUAGCGCUCGGUUUCGUCUUGUAUCGCUUCGUGUAUGCACGAGACACAGAGAAUAAGGGGAAGCUCCCGCCCAUCGGCAACCCGCUCCUGACGGUGUCAGCGACGCAACUCGCCGGGAGGAUCCGAAGACGAGAGGUGUCUAGUGUGGAGGUGGUGCAGGCAUACAUUGACCGGAUCCAGCAAGUCAACCCCUUAGUGAACGCUGUGGUCAAAGACAGGUUCUCCGCCGCCCUCCAAGAAGCGGCGCAGGUCGAUAAACUAAUUGAGGAGGAACCAGGAGGCGAGGAAGUACUGGCGGAUCGGCUGCCUUUACUAGGCGUGCCCCUCUCGGUCAAAGAGUCCUUUGGCCUUCAGGGCAUGCCCAACACCACUGGUAUAGUGUCCAGACGAGGGGUGGUGGCCACGGCCGACGCGCCUCCCGUUGGCCUGCUGAAAAGGGCGGGGGCCAUCCCGCUGGGCGUCACCAACACCAGUGAGGGCUGCAUGUGGGCGGAGUCGCACAACCACCUGUACGGAAUCACCUGCAAUCCAUAUGAUCUGGAGAGGAUCCCUGGAGGGAGCUCGGGCGGGGAGGGUAGCUUGCUGGGCGCGGCCGGCGCCGUUAUAGGCGUGGGCUCGGACAUCGGCGGGAGCAUCCGCAUGCCGUGCUUUUUCAACGGAGUGUUCGGCCAUAAAACCACCCCAGGCGUGGUUUCCAAUGAAAACCAGUUCCCCCCGUUCACCGGCAGACACGAGGAGUACGCCAGCGCGGGUCCAAUGUGCCGCUAUGCCGAGGACCUGCUUCCCAUGUUGAAAAUCAUGGCGGGACCAAACGCGUCUAUGUUGCGCCUCAAUGACGAGGUGGAGCUCAAGAAGCUGCGGUUCUUCACUGUACCAGACGACGGCGGAUCUCCUCUGACGUCCCCUGUUAGUGAGGAGCUCAGACAAAUCCAGAGGAAGGUUGUGGAGCGACUCCAAGCGGAUCUAGGGGUGUCGGUCCAAGAGGUGCGCUUCCCCGAGUUCCGGUAUGGCUUCCGAAUCUGGGACGCCUACAUGAGUCUUCCGGACAAAGAGGGCAAGCCUCCGGUUCCGUUCGCCGUGGAGUUGGGAAAGCCGGGCCGGCCGGUGUGGCCCUUGUGGGAGGCGUUGAAAAGCAUGCUGGGAAAAUCCGACCAUACCGUCGCCGCCAUCAGUCUAGCCAUCAUGGAGAUGAAGUCGGCUUCCGGUCAUUCCAGCUUCCUCAUCAAGAUGAAGGAAAAACUCCAGAAGGAUGUGGACGAUCUGCUGGGUACCGACGGGGUGCUUUUUUACCCGUCGCAUCCUAGGGUAGCCCCCAAGCACCACCACCUGCUUUUUAGACCCCUGGACUUCGCCUACACUGGGAUCUUGAACGUUCUGGGUUUGCCGGUCACCCAGUGUCCUUUGGGGCUAAACAAGGACGGUCUUCCCAUGGGGGUGCAGGUGGUGAGCGGGAAGCUUCAGGACCGGUUGCCCCUCGCCGUGGCGCUGUACUUGGAGAAGGCUUUCGGAGGCUGGAGGGAACCUCACGCCAGCUGAUGUUUCUUUGAGUCGGAAUGAGCAUCACUAGUUGGAUUGGACGUCUAGCGCAGUUGAUGGUAGCCAAAAGAGUAUGACACUGAAUGUAACUGACUAAAAUUUUAAAUGAUGGCGUAGUGCUAUUCAAAUCUGGGAACUUCUUAGGUGAUCAGCUUUCGAAUUAACGUCCUAUUUAAUUCAAAUAAAGAGAUUUUUUUUCUCAAGA